AUGUUUUGUUAUUCCGCCGGUGUGAAGGUGGCUAGGUCUGCAUCGUCAUAUUCAUUUGCUCUCCACCGUCUAUUUAAGAACGAGGUACACUUGGGGUCGGUAGAUGCAACGAUUUUCAUUUCUAUGAGAGUCGAGGUUUUAGAUGGUGUUGCGACGUCACAUUUUAUUGUGACUAAUCGUGUGUUAUUUGCAGAGUUUGAAGUGCGAUGUGAGUCUCUCAUAGAUUGGAUCGCAAGUGGCAACUUUGAUAUCUUGCAUAACUCUUUAUCAAUCUUCUAUAAGUUUGUAUAUCUAUCCUUGUUCUAUGAUGUUUCAUAUUUUCGGAAGUUAGUUAUUUGGCUCGCACAUCGUGGUGUGUACGAUGUUGCUUCUAAUCUUGUAAUCGCUUAA